CAGGGCUCUGCGGACGCCAUGUUGAACGUGGCGGAAAUCUUUCAGCCGGCUGAGUUUUAGCCGGCGGAAAUGACGCUGUGUGUAUAUGUGGGGAUAAUUCGGUUGCCGUAGUGACAGGGAAGCAUAAUCUAAAUGCUGAGAAGAAGAUGCCUGAAAUGGUGCCCCGUGGACAGCAGGACGAACAGAGCGAGGAAGAUGAUGAUUCCAAAAAGGGUGAAUACUCUUGCAUUCUGUGGGCUGGUGGCUCUCGAAAGGUUCCUAUUGUAAUGUUUCAUGCAGAAGCCGUUCUUCACAAAAACCUGUCACUGCGUGCAGUAGGAGAGCGCUAUAAAUUAUCCUAUAAGAUUGUUCGCACAGACAGCCGCUUAGUACGCAGCAUUCUUUCUGCCCAUGGAUUUCAGGAGGUAAAUGCCAACAGCAAUGACUUCAACAUUAUGUGGACUGGGUCCCACGUAAAGCCUCACAUCAUGAGGAGCCUUACCAACUUUCAAAAAGUCAAUCACUUUCCCAGAUCCUAUGAGCUGACCCGUAAGGACCGACUGUACAAAAAUGUGCAGCGCAUGCAGCAAAGUCAUGGCUUUAAAAACUUCCACCUUUUGCCCCAGACAUAUCUGCUACCUGCUGAAUAUCAGGACUUUUGCACUGCUUUUGCCAAAGAUCGUGGUCCUUGGAUAGUGAAGCCAGUUGCCUCAUCACGUGGCCGUGGUGUUUACUUGAUUAAUUCUCCAUCUCUUAUCAGUAUGGAGGAUAACAUCCUGGUGUCUCGGUAUAUUGGCAACCCCCUUCUUAUUGAUGGAUUUAAAUUUGAUGUUCGUCUGUAUGUGCUAAUCACUUCAUAUGACCCUUUAGUCAUUUACCUAUAUGAAGAAGGACUUACCAGGUUUGCCACAGCAAAGUAUGACCGGGCUGCCAAAAAUAUAAAAAAUCAGUUUAUGCACCUGACUAACUACAGUGUAAACAAGAAAAGCGGGGACUAUGUAAGUUGUGAUGACCCAGAUGUAGAAGAUUAUGGGAACAAAUGGAGCAUGAGUGCCAUGCUGCGAUAUUUAAAACAGGAUGGGAAAGAUACAGCGGCUCUCAUGUCACAGGUGGAAGAUCUAAUCAUUAAAACAAUAGUUUCCGCCGAGCUUCCUAUUGCAUCCGCAUGUAAAUCCUUAAUUACCCACAGGGGAAACUGCUUUGAACUCUAUGGGUUUGAUGUGCUGAUUGAUGGCAACUUGAAGCCCUGGUUGUUGGAAGUGAACCUGUCUCCAUCAUUAGCUUGUGAUGCCCCUUUGGACUUAAAGGUGAAAGCCAGUAUGAUAUCAGACAUGUUUACCCUAGUUGGUGUUGAGUGUCAGGAUCCACAACAGAGGUUUGGACGUGCAAGUAGUUCUUUGUAUGACAAACGAACACAGAAAUCCACACACCAGCGUCCGCUCUCUGCUAAUGACAUAGACACUGGUUUGCAGGGAGGCAACAGAGAAAAGGCUGUGAGGCGGACAAGCUGCUUACUAGGGCUUUCCAUAGAGGAGUUGAAGAUAUUGCGCCGAGUUCAAGAUGAGUAUGAGAGAAGAGGAGGGUUUGUUCGCAUUUUUCCCAGGCAUAACACAUGGCAACUUUAUGGGUCUUUCCUGGAAUAUAAAACCUCUCUGAAUUACAUGUUAGUAACUCAUCUCUUCCCAAACAGGGCUGCUGGGAAUGACCACUGUGAAAAGAAUUGGGACCCCAGGAUGCAUGCAGCUUUUUAUGAACGGAAACUUGUAUCAUUGCAUCUUCGCAGGGCGCGGCACCGUGGGCUGACACGCAAGACGGGCUUAUCACAUGCUCCCCAGUGCUCUGAUCAUGAACAGAGUAGCAAAGAGCAAGAAGAGCAGGAGGAAGAGGAGGAACUGGAUGAAAACCACGAAUUAGAGGUGGUGCAGGAAAAAGUUUCUUCUCCAGACUCCUCCAAAAUAAUCAUACCACCACCUCGCAUCAGCCUCAUGGAUAUUCUACGGAAAGGUGCAGACCUCAGUAAAGUCCAGGCAAGAAAUGCAUUCUCCUGCUACCUGCAGCGGGUGCAGAAUCGUCUUCAAACUGAGCGAAACCCAGAGAGAGUACAACCAAAGGAGGAGGAGCAAAUAGAAUUAGUGAUGCGGUUCCUCCAGCGUGGUGCUGCAAAUUUGAAGCGGUCUCUGCCUCUGAAUCUCCCAGGACAAUCUGUCCCAUACCUUGAAAGGCGCCAUUUGCUGGCAAAACUGCUUGGAGAUUUUGUUGCUUUGUAUAAUCAGGAAACACAACAGAUGCAGAACAGUGAGGAGACACAGAGCAAUGAAGAAUGUGGGGUUAAUCCUGACGAUUUUGAGGCAUUUGUAGCUGAUGCCAGUGAAAAUGAAUUGGAAGAGGUCCUCACCUUCUACACACAAAAGAAUAAAUCUGCAAGUGUUUUUCUUGGGACCCCAAACAAUGCAGACAGGAGAGAAACUGGGAAACCACCAGGAGGCCCCCAGAACAGACUUACAUGUGAGAGAAGCGUAGUUAUGAGCUCAGCACCUAGCCAGCCAUCAGUCAGUAAACCAGGAUAUUCUCAGGGGUGUAAUGUGUCUGACGGUCCCAUCAUAAUCACUAACUCAGCAGUCAAUGGGUUACCUGAAAGUUGCUCCCAAAGAAACAGUAGCACUCAUGUGCUUAGUAAUGAUGCAAGUUUAUGUUCUACUAUUGUUGGAAGCAAUGGAAUCCACGUGUCCCCUGCAAAACUUACUGUUACCCCUGGUUCAUGGGCCAAAUCUGGUUCUCGCCCUCACUCCAGCAGCCUUGGAACAUUUUCCUCCUUUCAAAGUGCAGCUCAGAUCUACAGCCAAAAACUGAGACGCCCAAGCUCCACCCGUUCAGCCAGCAACCAUCAGAGUGCUUUACGCUCUCGCUGUAGCUCAGCCGGAUCAGUAAAAGAGCUGGAUGUUCCAUACAAUGAAAGUGCAGUGGCCGCUUCUCUUCAGCGUCUGGCAGAGAGACAAUCAAGUCAACAGUACUCCAAACAACUUAGACUUCUAACACAGCAGUUAACCAGCAUGAACAUAAAAGAUGGUGCUUUUGGAAGUGGAAGUUUUCGUCAUUGUUCUGCAAAGAGCUUCUGUGGAAGAGCUGUUCAUGCAGGCACUGAAACUGUGGAAUCAAUAACCAGAGAUAUACAAAGGAGACGUUCUGCAUGGGAAAGUGAUCAAGAAAGUGGCACUUUCAGCUUUUCGUCAGAUGUCCCUUUACAGCAUCAACCCGAUCAAAUGCAGUAUAGCGCAAAAGGAGGACAACAUCCCGACUCUGCUAUUAUCUCUCUGCCCAACCAAACCUGCACCCUUCUGCCCACCCCACCAGUCAGUCACAAGCAGUCUGCAGCCAGAACAUUAUCCGCAACACGAUUAGUGAGGGUAGCACCAGUGGAGCAACAUGGGACCCCCACAUCUACAAUUGUCAGUGACUUUGGAACCCCAUCACAAGGUUCCAUGGAGGCCACUCAAAUUAUAUUUGCCAGAGCUAGACCUUCAGCUCCCAAAAUCGACAUUAAAGGGCAAAGGAAAUGAGACAGACAGAUUUUCCCAUGUGAUGUCUUUUUAACAGUUUGGUGUCUGCUUGUGUAUAGCUGAUAUAGAGGCAGCUGUGUACUCCUAUAAGGCUUCAUAAAUGUAUUCAUAUGAACUUCCUGUACAAUGAUGACAUAGAUUUGGAGUAAUUUACUUGAAACAACUUACUCAUCAGCCUGAUCCUGUUUUCUAUAUAUGGGAUGCUCGGGACCAAAAACUUCUAUGAGUAUAUGGGCAUUCUUUUAUGUGUAUAUAUUUUUUAUGCAUCUUUGUACAAAAAUUAAAUUAUUUUAAGAAA